AUGGAGGAUACGGAAUGGCCAUCGUUUAUGGGGCUUCAUCAGCCCACUCCCAAGGGCCGAAGCAGCGAGAGUGCCAUUCUAGAGGCCCAGCUUUGCGCUCCAGUGUCCAAGGUGGGCUUCUUUGGCAUAUACCGCUAUGCCAGUCGAGCGGACCUAGUUAUCCUCUGUUUCAGUUGCGUGUUUGCCGUCGCAGCGGGGGCUGGGCUUCCUAUAUUCACGGUUCUAUUCGGAAACCUCACCUCGACUUUCCAGGACGUCGCAACACAUCAGAUGUCUUACGACGACUUCUACGAUGAACUGACCACCAACGUUGUAUACUUUGUUUACCUUGCUAUUGGGGAGUUCCUCACUACUUGUCUUGCGACCGCUGGCUUUGUAUACACGGGCGAACAUGUGUCGCAGCAAAUCCGCAUCCAUUAUUUCCGCGCUAUCCUACGGCAAAAUAUCGCCUUCUUUGAUAACCUCGGAGCCGGAGAGAUCACUACGCGCAUCACCGCAGAUACCAAUCUAAUCCAAGAUGGCAUCUCUGAAAAGGUCAGCCUGGUCUUGUCAGGGCUCGGGACGUUCUUAGCUCUGAUUUGCAGCGCCACCUUGGUUGCCCUGCUUUUAAUCAUGGGCGGGUGUUCUGCCGCCAUGCUGGUCUACAGCAAGGUUGCAUUGGAGAGUCAAGGGCGCGGCGCCAGCUUGGCGGAAGAUAUUCUGGACUCUAUCCGGACAGUCGUAGCGUUUGACGCCCAAGAAACUCUGGCUCGCAAGUACGAGUCUUAUCUCAAAGAUGCGGAACGACCAGGCAUGAAAUCGCAGUUGACAUUCGUCGCCAUGGUCGGCGCCAUGCUCUGUGUAAUGUACCUGAACUACGGGCUGGGGUUCUGGAUGGGAUCCCGAUUUCUGGUCAACUCGGAGAAUCAUCUCAAAGCGGGAGAUAUUCUGACCGUGCUAAUGGCGAUUAUCCUGGGGUCCUAUAACCUGGGGAAUGUCGCUCCACAUGGACAAGCACUAUCAACGGCAGUAGCUGCUACAUCUAAGCUAUAUACGACCAUCGAUCGUCACUCACCACUCGAUCCAUCAUCGUCCGUGGGGAUCAAAUUCGAUCGCGUUUUCGGAGACAUCACCCUACGCAAUGUCCGACAUAUCUAUCCCUCCCGCCCCGAAGUAGUUGUCGCCGAUGACCUAAAUUUGGACAUCCCCGCGGGGAAGACAACAGCUUUUGUCGGGCCCUCUGGGUCUGGCAAGAGUACCAUCAUCGGUCUGCUCGAGCGGUUCUACAACCCCGUCGCAGGGGCUGUCUUCCUCGACGGUCAUGACAUCGCGUCGCUGAACCUCCAAUGGCUGCGACAACAAGUGUCACUAGUGUCACAGGAGCCUCGCCUGUUUGCCGCCACCAUUGCUGAAAACAUCCGGUUUGGUCUGGUAGGCUCCGGUUUAGACACCCAGCCCAUGGCACAAGUACAGAAACAUAUCGAAACUGCGGCUCAAAUGGCUAAUGCGCAUGAGUUCAUCUUGGCGCUUCCUCAGGGGUAUGACACCCACAUCGGGCGUUGUUCCCUGUCAGGGGGCCAAAAGCAGCGCAUCGCCAUUGCGCGAGCCAUCGUGAAGAACCCGAAAAUCUUGCUUCUCGACGAAGCGACGUCCGCUCUCGAUACUAAAUCAGAGGGACUCGUGCAAGCCGCACUCGACAACGUCGCUCAGGGUAGGACGACCAUCAUGAUUGCACAUCGUCUCUCCACGAUCAAAGAUGCGCACAAUAUCAUUGUCCUGCGUCACGGGAAGAUUGUCGAACAGGGUCCUCAUCAGAAAUUGAUGGAGCAGGGUGGCGUCUAUCGUGACAUGGUCGAGGCGCAGCAGAUCAAACACAGAAAUAUGCCUCCCUCGCCGAACCGGCUGACGGCCAAGUUCCGGAUGAGCCGCUCGUAUCUCCAGGACGAUGAUCUGAGCGAUGACGCCUACGAGAUGCUCUCCAUGAGAACAGACGACGAGUCGGACAUUGGCUUGCAAGGGGGCAAGAAGGUAGCGCGUCCGGUUUCUAGAAUAUCUUUGCCAUCCUUUCCACAUGGGCCAAAGAGAACAAGACCGUACUCCAUUUGGACUUUAUUCAAUUUCCUCGCGUCAUUCAACAGACCUGAGAGGCCUUUCCUCGUACUCGGACUCUGUGCGUCUAUUCUGGCCGGUGGGAUCCAGCCAUCGCAAGCAGUGUUGUUUGCCAAAGCCAUCACCACGCUGACCCUCCCCGAAUCGCAAUAUGGCAAACUCCGCGAUGAUACGAACUUUUGGUCACUCUUUUUUCUGAUGAUCGGACUAGUGACUCUAGUCCUAUACAGUUUUCAGGGCGCCCUGUUCGCAUACAGCUCCGAGCGCAUGGUAUACCGUGCGCGAAGCCGAGCCUUCCGCGUCAUGCUACAGCAAGACAUCCCUUUCUUCGACCGUCCGGAGAACUCCACAGGUGCCUUAACGGCGACCCUUAGUGCUGAGACGAAACAGUUAGCGGGCAUCAGUGGUGUCACGCUGGGGACGAUCCUGAUCGUCUCCGUGAACCUUGUGGCGUCGCUAGUGGUCGCCCUGAUCAUGGGAUGGAAGCUGGCCCUCGUCUGCAUUUCCGCGGUCCCAGUACUAUUGAUGUGCGGAUUUGUUCGCGUGUCGAUGCUGGAUAAACUGCAGCGGCGCGCAAAAAAGGCGUACCAGCAAUCCGCCAGCGCAGCAUGCGAGGCGGCCAGUGCCAUUCGUACGGUAGCGAGCUUGACCAUGGAGAGUGAGAUACACCGAUCCUACGAGGUACAGAUCCGCCAACAGCUACGGAGUGACAUUUUCCCCAUUAUCAAGUCCUCGCUUUUGUACGCUGCUUCCCAGUCUCUCCCGUUCAUGUGCAUGGCGCUGGGGUUUUGGUAUGGCGGGACCCUCUUCGGCCAUCAUGAAUACUCUCUUUUUAAAUUUUACGUCUGCUUUAGCGAGGUCAUCUUCGGCGCCCAGGCUGCCGGCACCGUGUUCUCCCAUGCGCCCGAUAUGGGCAAGGCCAAGCACGCGGCAGCGGAGUUCAAACAGCUUUUCGAUAGCGCCUCGGGGAUCACCGCCCACCAUGCUGGCACGCAUGUGCGGGAAAUGCAGGGCCUCAUCGAAUUCCACGAAGUUACAUUCCGCUAUUCCACCCGUCCGGAGCAGCCCGUUCUGUAUCGACUCAACCUCACGAUCAAGCCGGGCCAAUACGUCGCGCUAGUUGGUCCAAGCGGGAGUGGAAAGAGUACAGUCAUCGCGCUCCUAGAGCGGUUUUAUGAUGCUACCAGAGGGAGUAUCUGCGUGGAUGGGAGAAACAUCCAGACAGUGGACACCGCGUCGUACCGGAACCACAUCGCUUUGGUGGGGCAGGAACCCGCCCUAUUCCAGGGGACCGUCCGUGACAAUAUCUUGCUGGGAUGUGGGUCCGCUGAUAUCACCGAAGAGGCCGUGAUCAAAGCUUGUCAGGAAUCGAACAUUUAUGAUUUCAUCAUGUCGUUACCACAAGGGUUCAAUACCAUCGUCGGCAGCAAAGGGGGCAUGCUUUCUGGCGGCCAAAAACAGCGCAUUGCCAUUGCCCGUGCCCUCAUUCGCGAUCCCAAAAUCCUCCUCCUCGACGAGGCGACCUCGGCGCUGGAUUCUGAGUCUGAGAAAAUUGUCCAGACCGCUCUGGAUGCCGCAUCUCACGGGCGCACGACGAUUGCGGUCGCUCACCGACUUAGCACCAUCCAACGGGCCGACGUGAUCUACGUGCUGGACCAAGGAGGGGUCGUCGAGUCUGGGACCCAUACACAACUCAUGAGAAGGCGCGGGCGAUACUACGAUUUGGUAAACCUUCAAAAUCUGACAUGACUAUGGGGAUGGGCGUUGGGGUGAAUUACUGUUGGGAGUCUCUUCUUAGUUGUCUCAGUAGGCUCGAAAGGCAUACAUUCUGAUCAAGAAUCGGACAUAUCACCCUAUCCGCUGUCGGGUUUAUUGUCACUGUAGAAUUGCG